AAAGUUCGAACGAGUGGCAGUUGGGGAGGCAGAUUGCAUGCCUGUAGCUGCACGGAAUUCCAUAUAACCAUUUCGUAACGUGCACGUGUAUACAUACCUGUUAUGUGCAUAUAUAAGCGAAGCGGCGGAGAGGGAGGCACAGCAUACCAUUUGAGGAGAGUGUGAAGCGGCAUACCAUUUGAGGAGAGUACGUGGGAAGUCUCCUGCGGGGUAAAUGCCUGAUUCGAUUGGUUGGCCAUCCAACCCGGUGUAUUAUUCCUCUCGUUGAAGAACCCAACCGGAAGGUUAACCCAAGCGGUAUUUUCACCAGGGCGUACUUAUGCAGCCUUUUGUUCUUCGUCCACCCCGAGGAAGAGGAACCGUAUAGGAAGACGCUCAACAGUGGAUAAAGCGGAGCAGCCACGCGGAGUAGCCGCUCAGAGCAGCCACACAGACCGAACUGCACCAAACUGAGUGCGUGUUGCCGAACGGCGUGAGCGAACAAAUUGCACCCCCCCUGUAGGAGCGCUUAACACACGACCGAUGAGCCCCACGCACGAGGGUAGCAGCGGCGCAAGUGUCGCCAGCAAGAAGGGGAGCAACAGCAGCAGGGAGGUUAACCUGAAUAGCGGCAGGAAUAGGGCCCACCAAGGUGGAAACGCUCACCACGGCGGGAACACCCAGCGCAGGAACGGCAAGGAGAACCAAGCCAACGUGUACAGCUACCGAAUGAACGCGAAGAGCAAAGCCGGGCAGGAAGAGAACGAGGCGGGCGAAGCUGCGGAGGCGGCAGUAGCAGUGGAGGCAGCUAACGCAUCCGGCGCAGCGGAAGUAAAGCAGUCCAAGCAUGACGAUGCGUACGACGGGAAGUUCAUAAAAAAGGAUGUCUGCAAUUUGGGGAAAUUAAAUAACGACAAAUUAAACAUGAAUAGCAACGCCACCUCCUCCAAUUUUAAAGAAGAAUCGAGCGUAGCGAAUGCGGAUGUAGACGCAGAGAAGGUUCGUAGCAUGUAUAUAAAAAAGUUAAAUUCUACCCAAUCGACGAUGAACAUUGAGGGGAAUAAUGAUACGUACAAGGAGGAGGAAUUGAUGCAGAUGCAAAUGAAGAAUGGAAAGGGCAAUAUGGAGGACUGUACCUAUAACUAUAAAAAUAAAAAAAUGAUCAAAAGUAAACAUAAGAAUAACAAAUUGGAGGAUAAAAUGGAUAACCAGCUAGCCAACGAAGAAGAUGGUGACAAAGAAAUGUACAACAAUUCAUUUUACCUGUCUGACAAUAUGGAUGAAGAAUUAAGCAACGGUGGAAAAAAUAUCUCCUUUAUUAAAAAAAUCAAAAUGUGCUUUAAUUAUUUUGGCCCAGGAUGGAUUGUAGCUAUUGCAUAUUUAGACCCAGGUAACCUGUGCAGUAACUUAAAUGUAGGGUUAAUCAGAUCACCAGAUGAUAAUGUUAAUAACAAUUUGGUGAAGGAUUAUACGGGGUAUCACUUACUAUGGAUUUUGGCAUAUGGCCAUGUCUUAGGUUUUGUCUUCCAAGUGUUAUCUAUGAAAUUGGGACACGUGACAGGGUUAGAUUUGGCAUCCAUAUGUUACAAAGAAUUUGAUAAAAAAUAUUCCUACCUUCUCUACAUCUGUGUGCAGAUUGCCAUCUGGGGUGCACACAUACAAGCCAUUGUGGGUACCUUUGUAGCUAUACAUUUGAUUUUUGGGAUAUCUGUGAAGAUAGCCAUUUUGUACACCCUAGUAGAAGCACUAGUGUAUAGUUUCCUCGAAAAUAAAAGUCUUAACCUUUUAGAAAAUGUCCUAAGUUUGCUCAUCGGAUUGUUGGCCCUCUGUUUCAUUGUUAACGUUUUUAUGACGCCUAUUAACUAUAAAGAGGUGGCUUACAGCAUUUUGUACCCACGAAUUCCUCAGGGGAAAGGAUUUGAUGCCAUGGCGUUAUUGGGGAGUAUCAUAUCAGCACAUGUAUUUUAUUUACACACAAAUUUAACGUCAAAGAAGAAGGCUGUAAUAUUUAACGACAGAAUGUUAAAAAGGUAUAACACUUUGGGGACAGUCGAAUCUGCAGGUUCGCUGUUUCUCUCCUGUGUGACGAAUUGCAUUAUUGUGCUAACUUUUGCGGAGGUUAAUAUUAAUGCACAUGACAGGAGAGAUGCGUAUAACCUUUUCACGGCUUACGAAGUGAUGAAAAAAUCGUUUGGAAAAAUUUCCAUGUAUAUAUGGUCCUUUGGUUUGCUAAGUAGUGGAAAUAACUCCAGCUUCAUGUGCGAAUAUGCUUCCAAAUCUGUAUUUGAAGGAUUUUUAAAUAAAAAAGUUAACACGUUUUUACGAGUACUAUCUUUCCGCUUCUUCCUCUUCUCCAUUUUGUAUUUAUUUUUACUAUACGAUAAGUACAGCAUUGACCAGCUGACAAACUUUAUCAAUGUCAUCCAAGUGCUGCUCCUCCCUCUGGCCAUUGUCCCUCUCUACCGAUUUAGUAUUCAUAAAAAUGUGUUAGGAAAAUUUGCCUUAACAAAAUAUUCCAAAAUUUUUGUUUUCGUCAUUGUUAUUUCGAUAAUCAUUGCCAACUUGAUGUUAACAGUUUUUGAUUUCCUUCAGAAAGUGCCCAAUUUGUACUCUGUUUGUUUUGCCAUUUUCUUCUCCCUCAUUUAUUUAUCCUUCAUGCUCUUCCUCUUUAAAAUGCCGAUUACGAAGACCUACUGUCGCCAGCGCUGA